GGUGCGCGCGGUGGUUGAGAUAAGCAGCGCGGGGGACUGAACGAAGUGCCGCAAGACCGGAGAUCUCGCGCCGCGCCGUUCGGCUCUCGCGUUCGUUUACGCCCGCUCGCUCCGUUUCAUUCCGUUGGCACACGGCAGUCCGCCACGGGACACGGUCGACCGAUUGUAGGAUCUGUCUCUCCCGCCUGAUGUGACGGAGGCUCGCGAUGCUCAAGAAUCACACAGCGAUCACCCAGGCGCUCCUCGGAACCCUGCUCACGUGGGCCCUCACCGCGGCCGGUGCCGCGCUCGUAGUCAUCAUUCGGGGAAAACAACGCAAGCUCCUCGAUGUCAGCCUGGGGUUCGCCGCUGGCGUGAUGACGGCCGCAAGUUACUGGUCAUUGCUGGCACCGGCGAUCGAAAUGGCAACCGAGAGCAAGAUGUACGGAGCGGAGGGCGAGUACGCGUUCGUGCCGGUCGCAGUUGGGUUUCUCGUCGGCGCGGCGUUCGUGUACGGGACGGACGUGUUGAUAUCCACCCUCGGCAUUCAGUCCCCCAAUGUGCUUUUAGCUAUGCAAUCAGUCGGUACGAAACAAAGACGCAAGAUCAUUGCGAAACUAAAGAGUGACGAGGAUUUAGACGAUGAUUAUGAUCCGUUACUUAACGACGUACAAAUAUCCGGCGGAAAAAUGUACACUCGUGUCGAAUCGACCGCUAUCGAUGGCUUCUACGAACAGAAUAGUAGACGCCGACAAAUUCCCAAUAUAAACCGCUCAUCAGAAUCAGCAGAAAUUGGAACUGUUUACGAAGAUCCCAAUAACGAAGUGAAGAAUAAUCAAUGGCGGAGGAUAUUACUGCUAAUUGUUGCAAUUACGGUCCACAAUAUUCCUGAGGGUCUUGCGGUUGGUGUAGGCUUCGGAGCAAUAGGUAGUAGUGCAUCAGCUACUUUUGAAAAUGCAAGGUAA